UGCUGUGUGACCUCAUCCCUCCAGAUGUCCUAGUCCACUGUCCACUGUCAAAAUAAUACUAAUAAUCUUUCCAUACAUGCCUUUUAAAGGGAAGGACACCCCUGGUUUAGAACCUUUAUUUGUCCUCCUAACUAUAGAAAGACACACUCGCUGUCCUUAGACCUGCCGCUGCUCUUCUUUCCUCCCGUCCCCCCCCCACCCAGGUGAGACGCCGCCUCACUGAACCUUCUAUCAGGUGGAAACCUCGAUGUUCAAACACAGCCUGGCAUUGUCCCGUCAGAUCUAAUCAAUGCACCACGCCCCUGCUGCCUGUGAUGAGCUGGAACUCUGCAAACAGCAUCAUAGUCCAUCUGGCCCACUGUUGUGGAAAGAUCCAAACCUGCACUGUAAACAGUUAUCUAUGUUUUAAGAGCCUAGCAACAGAUUGGAACGUUAUAAAGGUUCUGAGGGUUUAAUUAUUAUUUAGAAAUGAAGAAUGUUCACCUAUGUAUGGACGUUUUGCCUACAUUUUUAUUAUGACUGACUUAUGGUGCAAUAAUAGAAUAAAACUAGGUAAAUAUUAACCUAAAAUCUGCCACAAUAAAAUAUUCAAAAUGUGCCGAAGCCUCCUAUGGCCAAGUUACAAGUUUAAGUCCGAUCUCGAGGCGCAUGUGGGGCCACAUGUUAAUAUCAGGUGUGAAUGGGGCCUAGGUAGUUUUUUAUUGUUUUGAUCGAGAGACCCCUACUGGCUGAAGUUAUGUAUUUAAUUGUAUAUUACGCCCCAAAACACUUUUGAGCUAUUUCCAGACCUCUUAUACAAACUCUCAUACGUGACUCUGGACACGCCCUUAAAGCUCCAUGUGCUUUGGUCCACGUAAUAUUAAGACUUGAAAAACCAGAACAAGAAUUCGACUUCACUAGUUUCCAAGUCUUUGAAUUCAUCCCCGUCCUUGUUAAACAGUGGGUGAACUGGUUUGGUCACUGAUCCACUGCUCAGCUCGACCGGCCUCGUUACCACAGACGAAUCACACGCCUCCUCUCCAGCUGCAGGUGGUCGCUGUCUGUUCAGCCUCCGCCUGCUGAUGGUUAAUUACACGUCUGGAUGCUGUGGUCUGGUCAACGUGAUGUUAGGCGUUCUUCUUUAACCCCUCCCAACUCAUUUCCCAGAAGUCCUCUUGUUUGUUUGGCAAUACAGGAAAGCUUCAUUAUCCAUGUGCAACAGAGAAAGAAAGAAAAGAGGACCGGGGGGGGGGGGUAAAGAGGUAGAGCAGUGUCGGGGCUUGUCCCCGUUUGUAACACGACACUAAACUAUCAGGAUUAUGUAUCAUCAUCAUCAUCCUCUGUUGCUGUCACUGAGAGAAAUGAGCAAAGAGCAGCGAGGAGACGGAUAGAGGAGGACAGCUGGAGGAGGAGAGGGGGUGGAGGAGGUGGGGUAAACAAAGGGAGAGGGAGCAAACAGGAGUGCAGCGGAGCAGGGAUGUUGCUAGGAGGCCGAGAGGAACACGAUACAGAGACAGGAAGGAGACGGGCGACUGGGGAGGAGGGAAAAACCAGCUGAGCCGACGUUUACCCAGUUUGACUUCUCACAUGAGUUUGUUUUCAAUGAGACUACAUUGGACAUGGGGUUUAUUAGUAUAUUAUUCAUUAGUGUGUGUGUGUGUGUGUGUGUGUGUGAUCUUCCACAUCAUCUCUUUUAUCAUGCUAUCUUUCAUGAUACAAAUCAGAGUGAGAUCAAUCAGUUGGGCCACAGCCACAGGGAUUAAUCGAUCAAUACAUCAGCUGUUCACCGAGGUAGUUCAUCAGUAACCUGAGGAAAAGUACAGGAGUCCAAGCAGAUGUUGUGGCCGCUUCGCUGGCACAAUGAGGAGGAAGAGGAGAGAGAGGCCCCGAAAGUGGAGGGAAGGGUAGAAGGAGGGGAAGAGGGGAAGAGACAGACAUGAGAGACGGCAGAGAGCAAGUCCUCAGCAGGGACGUGUGAUUCUGCCAAAGCAGAAACCCGAGGUGGACUCCAACCUCCUGAAAGACUGUAUUGUCUGUGUGAUCCCAGCACUCUCAGGGAUUAAAGUUCUCAGUUGCUGUUGCAGAUUUCUGUCAGUUGGAUUCCAGAGAGGCUGAGGUUCAAGUUCAGGGAGUUUCUGACCAGUAGCAAAGAGAAGGGAGUGAGACCCAUGAGCCAGGCAGGAGUAUGGCACCUGCAGAGGAAAAAUUGAGUCUAUCUCCAAGGUGGGUGCAGGACACUGUCAUGGCGGUGCAGCGGAGGAGGCUGAAGCUCGUGGUGACGGUGAUGAUGGUCAACCUCUUCAUCUUCAUCCUCAUCUUCCGACAAAGCGGCCAGGACAAGAACGGUCUUCACAAGGUGCACAUCCCCUCCCAGCCCUUCUGGAGCAAGCUGGCCCCGGUGCCGGCCUACUGGAACCGCCAGCAGCAGAUCCUGGACUUCCAGAACAAUCCCAUCCUGGCCUCUAACUACAACGCCUCGGAGCUGCCUGAUUGGCUCACUGAGACCAGUCUGUCCACUGACCCCUGCCAGCCGAACCUCAGGGUGACCACUCAGGUGAAGGACUACAACUCGCUCCCGGCCCGCUUCAAGGACCUGCUGCUCUACAUGCACUGUCGCUCCUACCCGAUGAUGGUGGACCAGCCUGACAUCUGUGCGGAGCCGCCAUUCCUGCUCCUCGCUGUAAAGUCCCAGGUGUCGCACUUUGACCGGCGCCAGGCCAUCCGUCAGUCCUGGGGCCGGGCCGGCGUGGUGUCCAACCGGACGGUGGCGGUUGUCUUCCUUCUUGGAAACGCCACCGCCUGGGACCACCACCCGGAUCUGUCCAGCAGCCUGCGGGACGAGAGCCUCCGCCACCAGGACAUCAUCCAGUGGGACUACCGGGACUCCUUCUUCAAUUUAACUGUCAAAGAAGUUCUGUUCCUGGAGUGGAUCCAGAUCCGCUGCCAGACGGCCCGCUUCAUCUUCAAAGGGGACGACGACGUCUUCGUCAACACCUACCGCAUCCUGGAUUUCCUCAAGGGCCUCUCGGAGCCCAAAGCCAGGGACCUGUUCGUGGGGGAUGUGAUCACUGAGGCGGGGCCACACAGAGACAAGAAGGUCAAAUACUUCAUCCCAGAGAGCAUGUACGUUGGGAAGUACCCCCCGUACGCAGGGGGGGGCGGGUACCUCUUCUCCGGGGACGUGGCGGCCCGGCUGCACACGGUGUCGCACCGGGUUCCGCUCUACCCCAUAGACGACGUCUACACGGGCAUGUGUCUGAAAAAAGUCGGGCUGGGCCCCGAGAAGCACAAAGGCUUCAGGACCUUUGACAUAGAGGAGAAGUACAGGGCCAACCCCUGUGCCUACAAGAGCUUGAUCCUUGUUCACCCGAGGACGCCGCAGCAGAUGAUCCAGAUCUGGACCUGGCUCAGCAGCCCGGACCUGAACUGCCAGUGAACAGGGUCCCGGAGGAGAAGUGAUAGAGAUGUGAUCUUGAACAGGUCCCGGACUGAAAGGUGGCAGCUUUAAGUGAAGACAUGAAUGUUCUGGUCCCUGGAGAUGUAUCGUCGGCUCCGUUUCUCAAAUCCACCACCAUAGUAUUCUGGCUUGAUGUCGAACUUCCUGCUUUAUCAUGUCGAACGAGCUUUACCCCAAAGCGACCGUGUCUGUCUUUGCGUGCACAUAUUUAUAUUUCACAACUAUUUAUAUGGCCUUGAAGAAAUGCUUUAACACUGUGUCGGCUCCACGACGGAGCGUCCCAAUGCUGUAUUAUAUAAAGAUGGAGACUGGAACCCGUGAUGUGUCCACCUGGGAUCCUCUGUGUGUGUCUGAAAAGAGUGAGAGGUAAAAAACCAAUGGUUCAAUUUACUGCUGCCAGCUUUAAAAGGAGCUUCCUGGUGAACAUCCUGCUAAUUGUUGCUGGAAGCUUAGUUUGUGCUGCUACUCCCUGAAGUAUUCACUCGUCCCACUAAGAAAACAACUUUUAUUUUCUGUUUGCUAAUUUACAAAACAUUCAGUUUCUCUCUGAUUCCUCUAAAUGGUGCUCACUUUCUUCGCUUCUCUUUUCUUUUUUUUUUUGAUGUAUAGUGUAAAAAGUUCAAAUCCUUCCGUAGUUUGGAGAAGGGGGAGUUUGGUGGAGGGAACACAUGGUGUCAGGACAUGAGGGGACAGGAGUCCAGCUCGGUGCAGCUCAGCAGGUCUGGGCCCGACAUGGACGGAGAAAUCUAAAUGCUGGUGACCUCGGCUUCAGCCUCUCGCUUUACACAAAAUGAAAAACAGACCAAAAAAAGAGGAAAAGACUCUUUUAAAAACCCAAAGUGCAUUUUCAGUGAGACGUGAGGACAGUUCUGUCUCGACUCGUGUUGAAUGUUGUUGAAUGUCUCGACGUCAGAGAGUGGAACAUGUUUUGAACAUCACAUCCAGACGUAUCGGCCCUGAUCCUUAAAAAGGCUUCAUCUCAUACGCUUGUGUCAAAUUCCUGUUUUGGAGGAAACGAUUUCUCUGCAUCUUUUCUCCUCAUGUGAGGAUGUGACCGAUUUAAAAUCCUUAAAAAAAGUUGAAUCAUGAGAAACUCA